AUGCCACCUGCGAAAUCCAAGGCCCAGCCUGACGACUCAAGGUCAGAAGCAAGCAGCACGAAAGAGAAGCUCGCGACGAAUUCGUCAAGCGCAGUCAAUGGCAAGGCUCGACGUAACGGUGCACCUGCGAACGGUGGAAGCUCUUUGAGAGAUGUCGUAUCGGCCGGUACAAGCAACGCGGUAGCAGGAAACUCAAACACUACAGCUGCGGAAACGAAUCCUGGUCUCCAAUGGUCGACAUUCGACCCCAACAUCCUCCACGGCUACCGAUACGACUAUCGAUUAAAUACUCCUGCCGCCUUCAACAAACCAUAUAAUCAACUCGUGCUCGCACGUUCUCCUAUUGGCAAGAUGUCGCCCACAAUGGCGAGGCGGAAAGAACAGAGACGGCAAGGUAGCGAUCAACUGGCAAACUCGGUUCGCAAGCAUUUCAACAGCAUGGGUAUAAUUGAGAACGAGGUCGUCGUGGAUUUUCUAUACAAAGUUCGCUGGCAAGACAAAAACUUCAGAAUGCGUUUCGCUCCCCAAAAGCCACGAUAG